AUGAGUGAGAAUAAGUCAGGUGAUGUUUUGCAACACUUCAUCAAACACACGGAGAGAUCAAAUGCCCGAAGGUCGAUCAUUGCUCGAGCAGCAAAGAAAAAAGCGUCUAAAAUUGCAUUAGUUUCCUUUGGAUUUGCUAUUGCCAGUUAUCUAUAUUCAUUAUACGCUAUACGACGAAAUCGGGAGCUUGGUGCUUCAUUUGAUCAACUGCCAUCAUAUGCCUCUUCAGAUCAGUGA